AUGGCUGAAAAUGGACUGAUGGGUAUUUCAGGGUGUACACAUUGUGUCCCCGUCUUGUACCUUUGCGUCCAUGACUGGCUUCAGUGGAGGAGUACGUGUGGUCGUUCUGAAAUCGCACCACCUUUUGCGGAGGUUUAUCUUUCAGUACAUAUUAUUCUACACGAAGCUCCAAGUCUCUCUUUUACGACCUUUCAAAAACUCAAAAAUCCUACGAAGACCAUAACACCAACGACCAGGCGGUUGAUAUGGCACCAAGACGUACCGGAACACAAGACUCGCUCAGUCCAAACGCACCACCCUCACCCGCUGUCUCCCGGUCCACGUCACCUUCCUCGGGCUUUACACAAUUCUUAUCGAAACCUUCAAAAUGGUUCACCCGCAGUGUUUCCGGUUCAAAGGUACCCGCCGGGACAAAUGAAGCGCGUCCGAGCAUGA